AUGUCCGAGGUGACUGUUCAGUUGUCGUCAUUAUACCUGGCUUAUAAACACUCCUACUUUGACGUUGUUGAGUUUCUUAUAUCAGAAGGGGCGUCUUGGGAGAACUUGAUGACACCCCUUCAUCUUGCUGUGGUUCUUGGAAAAUUGGAAAAUGUGGAGCAGAUCUUGCAAGGCAAUAUGGACAUUGACGCAACAGACUGUCACCUGAGGACACCAUUGCAUCUAGCAUGUCGGCUCGGAUACAACGACAUCGCCGUGAAGUUAAUUCAAAAUGGGUGUGACCUUCAACGUCCGGACUGUGAAGGUCAUACACCUCUAGCCCUAGCCUGUCACGCUGGUCACCCUGAUAUCGCAGAGUUUCUGCUAUCGUAUGGAGCUGACGUCCAAGGUUACGGUAAACAUUUCCCGCUAGAGAUCGCCUGUCGUCGAGGGUAUACAGAUGUGGUGACGCGACUAUUACAGUGUGCUCCUUACGCUCUCAACAACUGCAACUCAGACGACAUCUUGAUGUCAGCAUCUCGUCACUGCCACCAUGACAUCGUGCAAACCCUUCUGCUGACGAUUUUAAAAAACAAAGCGGUAAUUGGCACGAGGUUGCUGAGCGACGCUUUAUGUGCAGCAUCGAUUAGCAAAUCGUUUCGGAGUGUCUCAACGGCACGUAAUCUCGUGACAUUUGGCGCAGACAUAAAUCUACGCGACAGCAAAGGACGCUUGGCGUUGCAUUGCGCCAUCGUGACCAAUAAUGUCCCCUUGGCGAAAUUUUUUAUAGAUUCCGGUGCUCAUGCAACUGCGCCUUCAGCACCAGGAUUUCCUGGGAGAAAGACUGCACUUUACCUUGCUUGCGAUAAGCAAAAUUUCGAGAUGACCCGUAUUCUCAUAGAUGCAGGUGCGUACGUAAACGUCUGCAGCGAAGGGACGAGAUUAGGGACGCCUCUGAGUGUCGCCUGCCACCAUGGGAACUUAGACAUUGCUAAAAUGCUGUUGGAAUCAGGAGCCUACGUGAACCCUCCCCUUCGAUCCGGGUCUUUGCAUCCUCUUCCCCCACUCAUGGCAAUUCUGGAUGCCUGGUUUUUGAACAUGCUGGAGCGAAAACGUGUGACUAGAUCAAGAUACAUCGGCGUUUUUCAACUCUUACAAGAUUCAUUUCAGGCAAGGGUAAACAAAAUGGCGGAUAUCUAUCUUCUAGAAAAAGCCUGCCAGACAGAUGACGUGCAAUUGUUUUUGAACAGUUUCCAAGGGAACAAUGCCACUUUCAUCUACGAGGACCUAAACGGACAUUGCGUUACACCAUUACAUACUGCUGUUAAGUUUAGCGCCGUUCAAAUAAGCAGGGACCUUCUGUCGCGUGGUGCUGACGUCAACAUCAUGGAUGACAUCACAGGAGACACCCCUUUGCAUGUCCUGUGCAAACUUAAAGGAGAUGCUUGUGAUAAUGACGUGUACCUAUACACUAGCGAAACUAACGGUUUUUCAUCAAAUGAUGACGUUUCUGAAUCCAUCUUGAGCAUGUUGUUGGCAAGGAACCCAAACAUGAACCAAAUGAACUAUCAGGGGGAAUUACCGAUCACAAUCACCAGCCGCAAUAAUGACGUCAUGAAAGUUUGUAAACUACUGGAUCAUGAUAAAACUCAAACUAGCCUUCGAAACGGUGGAAGUUUUACGGCGUUGCACGAGGCGAUUAUUCAUGUCAGAAUGGAAACAGUCUCCGUGCUCAUGGAGUAUGGGGCAGACGCCAACGCUACUUGCCUUCAGGAGGUAAACACAGGAGAGUUUAUCGAAAUGACGCCAUUGCAGCUGGCCUACAAACAUUACUCCAAGGAUAUUUUUGAACUUUUGCUGGCGAAAGGGGCAAGACAAGUCGAAUUGGGGCCAAAAAUUCAUUUGGCAACAUUCUUGGGAGAGACUGAUGACGUCAGAUCUCUUGCGCUGUGUGAGAGUGUCAACAUUUUCGACGAAUUCGGAAGAAGUCCCUUACACAUUGCCUGUGGCGUCAAGGAUAAAGGUAUGGUGGAGUUGUUGUUUGAAUUGGGAGCAAUUGAAAAGAGAACGACAGACACAGAGCAGACGCCAUUCCUUGUUGCCUGCGAAACCGGAAGUGGUGAUGUUGUCAGUUGUUUGCUGCGUCGCGGCUUAUACACAGAUUCUGCCAUUCUGGAGGCAAUAGAUGUGACUUUGAGUCGCGGCCAUGUUGACGUCCUGCGCGAGUUACUGACACAUGGUGCCGUGGGUCUGACUGAUUCAAAUGUGGAUAAUCUCUUGGAGAUGGCGUGUGAGAGACAGAACGUCGAUCUCGCAAAGCUGAUUCUUGGGCAUUGUCGUCCGAAAACUCGCGUGGUGGUGGACAUGAAAACUUUGAGCAAUUGUCUUUGCAUGGCAUGUGAGAGGGGCAACCGAGAUUUGGUCCGCUGCCUGGUGAAAUACGGGGCAAAUGUGAAUAGCCGGAAUGCCAAGAACAGGUACCCGUUGCACUGCGCCAUGAUGCAGGGCCACACAAAGCUGGUCAGCGAAUUGAUUGACCUUGGUGCCAGGGUCACCUCCCCGAUGGGUCCUGGGUACCAUGGUGACCGGACCGCACUCUAUCUUCUUUGUGACAGGGGUGACAUAGAAAUGGCCAGCAUUCUCAUCAGAGGCGGUGCGUCUGUGAAUAUACCAAGCGACACACGGCCCGGGACGCCCCUGAACUCGGCUGUCUACAAGAACAACAUGCCAAUCGCAAAGUUACUGCUUGAAGCUGGAGCAUGCGUGAACGCACGCUCCCCAAGAAGAGGUUGGUCUCCUAUCAAUACUCUCUUGCAAGCCUGGGUCUCAAACAUCACAGAGGGAAAAGAAACGGAGCCAUCAGAAUACUUCGAGACGCUUCAACUCUUGGAUGAUUACUGCGUCUCUUACAACGAUUUGUACACAGACGACCUUAUUCAACAAAUCUACGUCAUGGACAGAGUCAGCUGUCUCCGUCUGCUACAGAUGGCAUGCGGAAAGCUCCAAAAGGUAAACGCGUCACUGCUGACAUCAAUGCUCCAGAAUUGUGAUCUGGAAGGACUAGCCGCACUAACUGCCGCAGGAUACACGAUUUUGGAGAAGGUAAAUCGAUUGUGUCUUGAGAACCCGGAUUGUCCUCGACUUGACGCCAUGUCUCUUGAGGCCAAGGAUGCCAUGACACUACAAUCACUGUGCAGGUUGUCUGUCCGACGUCAUCUUCACUCUCUGCGUGGCCAUGUGCGUUUCCAGGUACAGGAACUCCCUCUCCCGAACAGACUGAAAUCGUACCUGAACAUGGACUUUUAAGGUGUUCUGUGGAACCAACCUGGCCUUACAAGUCAAGGGAAUAUUGGUCCUCCGGAUGAACUCAGUGAUUAAACAACAUGGACCCAGCUGGUUUUCGUGUCCAUGAACUGAGGGACGGGUCAUCCAUGCAUAUACAUGUACUAGUAUUUUCAUAUGCCGUGACCCUUGUGAGGUGAGCAUGAUAUUAUAAACUCAGAGACAUAUGAAUAUACACACUUUAUAUACCAAGAGCUGGCAGUUUCAUGAGUGUUAGGCAUGGCAAUAUGUAUUUUAGCCUUAAAUAGAAUUUCGUGGAAUUAUGUGUUUCUGCCGUAGAGAACUUCAGAGAACACCUUGCUAACGAUAACGAUAGCGGAAAAGUUGUAGUAACGUACUGACGCCGUUGUCGUCAUCGUUACUUUAAUGUGUUAAACGAGGAGAAAAGUUGAAAUUAACUUAAAACGACAAAAAAAUGCACAGGAAUCAAUACGAUUUGCGUUUCGGAACGGACAUUGCUCUACCAACAAGAUCACAACCAACCAACUGAUGACGGCGAGGUGGUGACGUUAUUUGAAACAACGUGCGUCAUCGCAUAGCACCAUUAGACAAAGAUCCACAAGUAUCAAUAGAUGUUGUGGAUGAUGAUAGUGGUGAUAACGAUGAUCACAGACCUAUACUCAAUACUUCAUUAAAGUCAGACUGUGUUGAUCGACGUUGCUAACACUUUUUGAACAACCCAUGCAGGCUGAAAUCGGCUAAUCUAACUCGAAACACAUCACUGUCCCCGUUGAAUGUCUAUUUCCUCUUAUUUUUGUUUUUUUUCGGAUGCUUUGUUUUACUGUCUACGACUGCCUGUGCGAUUCGUUUGAUAUCAUUGCGUGAUAACAUCUCCUCAUUGAUGUCAUGAGUGUCGUACUCGUAACUUUCUGCAAAU